CGGCGGCCAGGAAAUGCCGCAGAUGCGCCGCGCAGCAUCUCGGGCGGAGGCAGCGCGCCGGUCCUCCCGCACCGCCGUCGCCGCGGCCUCAGCCGGGCCCCGAUCAGGCGCCCUGUGCGGGGCCGGGACAGCGGCGACGCCGGCCGCAGAGGGUCCGGACGCCCGCCGGCCCCCGCCCGCCCCCGCCGCGCUGCCAGCUUCUCCGCGUGGCGCGGCGCUGCUUGUCGCCGCCCCGGCUCUUGCCGAGAUUUGCCGCUGCUGAAACCCGAGAGGGACUCGGGCUCCGGGGAGCCGGGCGCCCACCGCGGCCCGCCAGGGGGCCUGGGCGUUUCCUCCGCCGGCCCCGCGCCCGCCGCCCCCUCGCGCCCCUGCUCUGCGUCUCCAGCUCCAGCGCUCUUCCCCAGCCGCCUGCUCCUUCCUCUUUUCAGUUUCCAAGGCUGCGUCUUGCUGACUACGAUACUGUCCUGGGGUUACGGGGGAGAGGGGAAUUGGCCAGUCAUCGUUUAGAUAAACUUCGGCAUGGCGGGCUACCUCUCCCCUGCCGCUUACCUGUAUGUGGAGGAACAGGAAUACCUCCAGGCCUACGAGGAUGUCCUGGAGAGGUACAAAGAUGAACGGGACAAAGUUCAAAAGAAAACCUUUACAAAAUGGAUAAAUCAGCAUCUCAUGAAGGUUCGAAAACAUGUGAAUGACCUCUAUGAAGACUUAAGGGACGGACACAAUUUAAUUUCUCUUUUAGAGGUUCUUUCGGGAGAUACCUUGCCCAGAGAGAAAGGUCGGAUGCGUUUUCACAGACUACAGAAUGUACAAAUUGCACUUGACUAUUUGAAAAGACGCCAGGUGAAAUUAGUGAAUAUUAGAAAUGAUGAUAUAACAGAUGGAAAUCCCAAAUUGACUUUGGGGUUAAUAUGGACAAUAAUUUUGCACUUUCAGAUAUCUGAUAUCCAUGUUACUGGAGAGUCAGAGGAUAUGUCUGCAAAGGAGAGAUUGCUCCUGUGGACACAGCAGGCAACAGAAGGUUAUGCUGGAAUUCGAUGUGAAAAUUUCACUACCUGCUGGAGAGACGGAAAACUAUUUAAUGCCAUCAUUCAUAAAUACAGGCCGGACCUGAUAGACAUGAAUACUGUUGCUGUUCAAAGCAACCUUGCAAAUUUAGAGCACGCUUUUUAUGUAGCAGAAAAAAUUGGUGUCAUAAGACUUCUGGACCCUGAAGAUGUUGAUGUCUCCUCACCUGAUGAAAAAUCAGUCAUAACUUACGUGUCAUCCCUCUAUGAUGCAUUUCCCAAGGUCCCUGAGGGGGGCGAAGGCAUCGGUGCGAAUGAUGUUGAAGUCAAGUGGAUUGAAUACCAGAAUAUGGUGAACUACCUCAUCCAGUGGAUCAGACACCAUGUCACCACCAUGUCGGAGAGAACGUUUCCAAAUAAUCCUGUAGAACUAAAGGCACUUUAUAAUCAGUAUUUACAAUUUAAAGAAACAGAAAUUCCACCAAAAGAGACAGAAAAAUCCAAAAUCAAACGCCUGUAUAAAUUAUUAGAGAUUUGGAUAGAAUUUGGACGCAUCAAACUCCUUCAAGGCUACCAUCCAAAUGACAUAGAAAAGGAGUGGGGGAAACUCAUCAUUGCCAUGCUUGAGAGGGAGAAGGCCCUUCGUCCAGAGGUGGAGAGGUUGGAAAUGUUGCAGCAGAUUGCCAACCGAGUUCAGAGGGACAGCGUCAUCUGUGAAGACAAACUGAUUCUCGCCCGGAAUGCUCUCCAGUCUGAUUCUAAAAGAUUGGAAUCAGGAGUGCAGUUUCAGAAUGAAGCAGAAAUUGCUGGGUAUAUCCUCGAAUGUGAGAACCUUUUACGCCAGCAUGUAAUUGAUGUACAGAUUCUUAUUGAUGGGAAAUAUUACCAGGCAGAUCAAUUGGUACAGAGGGUUGCAAAGCUACGUGAUGAAAUUAUGGCCUUAAGAAACGAAUGCUCCUCUGUGUAUAGCAAAGGACGCAUGCUAACUACGGAACAGACAAAGCUCAUGAUAUCAGGAAUUACCCAGAGUUUAAACUCAGGAUUUGCACAGAGCUUACACCCCAGUCUGAACUCAGGGUUGACGCAGAGUUUAACACCUUCCCUGACCUCUUCCAGUGUGACUUCUGGCCUCUCAUCGGGGAUGACUUCCCACCUAACUCCAUCUGUCACUCCAGCUUACACACCUGGCUUCCCAUCAGGAUUAGUUUCAAAUUUUAAUUCAGGAGUAGAGCCACAUUCCUUGCAAAAUUUGAAGUUGAUGCAGAUCCGAAAACCCCUUCUAAAGUCUUCUUUGUUGGAUCAAAAUUUAACAGAAGAGGAAAUCAACAUGAAAUUUGUUCAGGAUCUUCUGAAUUGGGUGGAUGAGAUGCAGGGACAGCUGGACCGAACUGAAUGGGGCUCGGAUUUGCCGAGUGUUGAAAGCCAUUUAGAAAAUCAUAAAAAUGUCCACAGAGCUAUUGAAGAAUUCGAAUCUAGCCUUAAAGAAGCUAAAAUCAGUGAAAUUCAAAUGACGGCACCUCUUAAACUAACCUAUGCAGAAAAGUUACACAGAUUAGAGAGUCAGUAUGCAAAACUACUGAACACAUCCAGGAAUCAGGAGCGCCACCUCGAUACACUCCUCAAUUUUGUAAGUCGUGCAACUAAUGAACUUAUUUGGCUGAAUGAAAAAGAAGAGGAGGAAGUUGCUUAUGACUGGAGUGAGAGAAAUACUAACAUAGCUCGGAAAAAGGAUUAUCAUGCUGAAUUAAUGAGAGAACUUGAUCAAAAGGAAGAAAAUAUUAAAUCAGUUCAGGAGAUAGCAGAGCAGCUACUUCUAGAAAAUCACCCAGCUCGGUUAACUAUUGAGGCCUACAAAGCGGCGAUGCAGACGCAGUGGAGCUGGAUCCUACAGCUCUGCCAGUGUGUGGAGCAGCACAUAAAGGAGAACACGGCCUAUUUUGAGUUUUUCAAUGAUGCCAAAGAAGCUACUGAUUACUUAAGGAAUCUCAAAGAUGCUAUUCAGCGCAAGUAUAGCUGUGAUAGAUCAAGCAGCAUUCACAAACUGGAAGACCUGGUUCAGGAAUCAAUGGAAGAGAAGGAAGAACUUCUUCAGUACAAAAGCACAGUAGCAGCCUUGAUGGGGAAAGCGAAAACAAUAACUCAGCUGAAGCCAAGAAAUUCUGACUGUCCACUCAAAACGUCUAUUCCGAUCAAAGCUAUCUGUGACUACAGACAAAUUGAGAUAACCAUUUACAAAGACGAUGAGUGUGUUUUGGCAAAUAACUCUCAUCGUGCUAAAUGGAAGGUCAUUAGUCCUACUGGGAAUGAGGCUAUGGUCCCGUCCGUGUGCUUCACUGUCCCUCCACCAAACAAAGAAGCGGUUGAUCUUGCAAACAGAAUUGAGCAACAGUAUCAGAAUGUCCUGACUCUCUGGCAUGAGUCCCAUGUAAACAUGAAGAGCGUCGUAUCCUGGCAUUAUCUCAUCAAUGAAAUUGAUAGAAUUCGAGCUAGCAAUGUGGCUUCAAUCAAGACAAUGUUGCCUGGUGAACAUCAGCAAGUUCUGAGUAAUCUGCAGUCUCGGUUGGAAGAUUUUCUAGAAGACAGCCAGGAAUCCCAAAUAUUUUCAGGCUCAGAUAUAACACAGCUAGAAAAGGAGGUUAAUGUAUGUAAGCAGUAUUAUCAAGAACUUCUUAAAUCUGCAGAAAGAGAGGAACAAGAGGAAUCAAUUUAUAAUCUCUACAUCUCUGAAGUUCGAAACAUUAGACUUCGAUUGGAGAACUGUGAAGAUCGACUGAUUAGACAGAUCCGAACUCCCCUGGAACGAGAUGAUGUGCAUGAAAGUGUGUUCAGAAUCACGGAGCAGGAGAAACUAAAAAAGGAACUGGAACGACUUAAAGAUGAUUUGGGAACCAUCACAAAUAAAUGUGAGGAAUUUUUCAGUCAAGCGGCAGCCUCUCCCUCAGUUCCCACCUUACGAUCUGAGCUGAGCGUGGUCGUUCAGAACCUGAACCAAGUCUAUUCCAUGUCCUCCACUUACAUAGAGAAGUUGAAAACUGUUAAUUUGGUGUUAAAAAACACUCAAGCGGCAGAAGCCCUCGUAAAACUCUACGAAACUAAACUGUGUGAAGAAGAAGCAGUGAUAGCUGACAAGAAUAAUAUUGAGAAUCUAAUCAGUACUUUAAAGCAAUGGAGAGCUGAAGUCGAUGAGAAGAGAGAGGUCUUCCACGCGCUAGAGGAUGAGCUACAGAAAGCUAAGGCCAUCAGUGAUGAAAUGUUUAAAACGUACAAGGAACGGGACCUUGAUUUCGACUGGCACAAAGAAAAAGCAGAUCAGUUAGUUGAACGAUGGCAAAAUAUUCAUGUGCAGAUUGACAACAGGUUACGAGACUUGGAGGGCAUUGGCAAAUCCCUGAAGUACUACCGAGAUACCUAUCACCCGUUAGAUGACUGGAUCCAGCAGGUUGAGACUACUCAGAGAAAAAUUCAAGAAAAUCAGCCUGAGAAUAGUAAAACCCUAGCCACACAGUUGAAUCAACAAAAGAUGCUGGUGUCUGAAAUAGAAAUGAAACAGAGCAAAAUGGAUGAGUGUCAAAAAUACGCAGAACAGUACUCAGCUACAGUGAAGGACUAUGAACUACAAACAAUGACAUACCGGGCCAUGGUAGAUUCACAACAGAAAUCUCCAGUGAAACGCCGAAGACUGCAGAGCUCCGCAGAUCUCAUUAUUCAAGAGUUUAUGGAUCUGAGGACUCGGUACACGGCUCUGGUCACUCUCAUGACACAGUAUAUUAAAUUUGCUGGUGACUCACUGAAGAGGCUGGAAGAGGAGGAGAGGUCACUGGAAGAAGAAAAGAAAGAACAUGUUGAUAAAGCCAAAGAAUUACAGAAAUGGGUCUCAAAUAUCAGCAAGACAUUGAAAGAUGGAGAGAAGGCUGGAAAAUCUACCUUCUCUAAGCAAAAGAUCUCCAGUGAGGAAAUAUCAACCAAGAAGGAACAGUUAUCCGAAGCACUUCAAACCAUGCAGAUUUUUUUGGCUAAACACGGAGACAAAAUGACAGAUGAGGAGAGAAAUGAACUGGAAAAACAAGUGAAAACUCUUCAAGAAGGUUAUAAUUUAUUAUUCAGUGAAUCUCUGAAACAACUCCAAGAAUCACAAACCUCAGGAGAUACAAAGGUAGAGGAAAAGCUGGAUAAAGUGAUUGCAGGCACCAUUGAUCAGAAAACUGGAGAAGUCCUUUCCAUCUUUCAGGCAGUUUUAAGAGGCCUCAUUGACUAUGACACAGGGAUUAGGUUGCUUGAGACACAGCUCAUGAUUUCUGGUCUAAUUUCACCAGAAUUAAAAAAGUGCUUUGACCUCAAAGAUGCCGAAAGUCAUGGACUUAUUGAUGAGCAAAUUCUGUGCCAACUCAAAGAACUAAAUGAAGCUAAGGAGAUUAUUUCUGCUGUGUCAUCCUCUACAAUUCCAGUCCUGGAUGCCUUGGCUCAAAGCAUGAUAUCAGAACGCAUGGCCAUCAAAGUUCUGGAGAUACUGCUCUCCACAGGCUUUCUCGUCAUUCCAGCUACAGGAGAACAGUUGAGCCUACAAAAGGCUUUCCAAAAGAACUUGAUUUCCUCAGCAUUAUUUUCUAAAGUACUGGAAAGACAAAAUAUGUGCAAAGAUCUCAUUGACCCCUGCACCUCUGAGAAGGUGUCUCUAACAGAUAUGGUACAAAGAAGUGUUUUACAGGAAAACUCCAGAAUGUGGCUCCUACCUGUGAGACCACAAGAAGGAGGUCGAAUAACAUUAAAAUGUGGAAGAAGCAUAAGCAUUUUAAGAGCAGCUCACGAAGGUCUCAUAGAUCGUGAAACCAUGUUUAGGUUAUUAGGUGCACAACUUCUUUCUGGAGGUCUGGUCAAUGGCAACUCUGGUCAGAGAAUGACCGUUGAGGAAGCUGUGGCAGAAGGGGUGAUUGACAGAGACACUGCCAGCAGUGUUCUCACGUACCAGGUUCAAACUGGUGGAAUCAUCCACUCAAACCCCGCCAAGCGCUUAACGGUAGAUGAAGCAGUCCAGUGUGAUUUAAUCACGUCCAGUAGUGCCCUGCUGGUACUGGAGGCUCAGCGAGGCUAUGUUGGACUCAUCUGGCCCCACUCUGGUCAGAUAUUUCCCACAUCUUCAUCCUUGCAGCAAGAGUUGAUUACAAAUGAAUUGGCCUACAAAAUCCUGAAUGGCAGGCAGAAGAUAGCUGCUCUUUAUAUCCCUGAAAGUUCUCAAGUCAUUGGUUUGGAUGUUGCUAAACAGCUGGGAAUUAUAGAUAAUAACACAGCAUUGAUUUUAAAAAAUAUAAUACUGCCUGAUAAAAUGCCAGAUUUAGGAGAUGUAGAAACUUGUAAAAAUGCCCGGAGAUGGCUCUCUUUUUGUAAAUUCCAGCCAUCUACAGUUCAUGAUUAUAGACAAGAAGAGGAUGUUUUUGAUGGAGAAGAGGCAGUGGCAACGGAGAGCUCAGAACAAACUAAGAAAUUAUUCCUAUCUUACUUGAUGAUAAAUAGCUAUAUGGAUGCCAACACAGGGCAGAGGCUUUUGCUGUACGAUGGAGACUUGGAUGAGGCUGUCGGUAUGCUGCUGGAAGGCUGUAGUAUGGAAUUCCCUGGCACGUUUCUUAAUAAUGCUCCACGUAACAAAAAGGAUGAAUGUACCGUUUCACCAAGUAGUUUUGAUAAAUGUCAUGGCAGAGAACCCGAAUGUAAAGAGAUCCCUGAAAAUAAAAAUUAUGCCACAAAUGAAGAAUUUCAUGAGGUGAGAAAUCAUAUCAUGAGUAGUGAAUUUUGUCAAUCAGAGAGCCCAGCAAAUAUAGUAGCAACUGAUCAUAAAUUUAACAGUCCCAGUCCCAGUCCCAUGUCUUAUUUAACACAGACUGAACUUGCAGAAGUUAGAGUGCUUGAACUUGACUCUGAAAACAUACUUGAACACUGUAAAAAUCAAAGUCAAGUUGAAACAAGCGAACAUGCAAAUGAUAGUCAUUCUAAAUACAUUAAAAACUUUGCAAGUGAUUUGAUAACAAAUCCUACUGUGAAAUCAAAAACGGGUAGAUUCUGUGAUCUGAACAAAACAGAGAAUGAAGAAAAUACAAGCGAGGAUUCCCCCAUCUUUGACUAUUCCCCGAGGCUAAGUGCCUUGUUAAGUCAUGAUAAAUGGAGGCACAGUCCAGGAGGUUUUAAUGAGGCACAUACCCCAGAAAGUGGAGGACAUACACGUGACACCUCUGCAUUGCCAUUUAAUGACCAAACCAUGUUAUCAGGUCAUACAGUGGGAGAAAGAUUUCAAGACCAGUUUCUGGGAAUUGCAGCUAUUGACAUCAGUUUGCAGGGAGAGCACUCUGAAGCUUUAAAUAUUGGUAGUAGGACUCCACAAGUGCAAUAUCACAGUGUUAAAUACACGUCGUGUACUUCUGGUGAGGAUGAAAAAGUACACACUGCUGCUCAGCAGAAACCUGAAGAUGAGCAAAGUGAGGCUGGGCUAGAAGACCGCCCCUGUGCAGCUCCUGCUUGUGGAGCACUGUUGCUCGAAGAAACCGUCAGUGCUGGUGACUAUGAAACGUCACUGCUGGAUGGUCAGAAGAGCGACUCGGGAACAGAUACCGAGAGUGACGAUGACUUUUACGAUACCCCCUUGUUUGAAGAUGAUGACCACGAUUCUCUGCUUCUUGAAAGUGACGAUCGGGAUUGUCUGCAGCCUGAGGACUAUGACACACUGCAGGAGGAAAAUGAUGGGAUGACUCCUCCAGCUGAUGUUUUGUAUGACGUUUCAAAAGAGAAUGAAAAUUCUGUGGUUCCUCAGGAGGGACUAAUUGGUAGCUUAAGUGUGACAGGCAAAGCACAGUGUCUUCAGGAUUUUCCCACAGGUACCGAGAAAGCUGAAUUAGAUUCUAGUCAAAGAAUGCAUCAGGAUUCAUUUAGCUCAGACAAAGGGAAUGAAUGGUUCCUGGAAACUGAAGGGGAAUGCACAAACACCCGUGAAGGUGAUGGCGAGUCUGACUCAUUGACUGAUGAUGAUAUCGCAGGAGCGAAGGAGAGCUUCAGUGCUUCGUUAAAAUUUGAUGACACUGGCAGUUGGAGAGAAAGACAAGAAGAGUGUGUAACUGGACAAGAAAGUUCAUCUGAUGCUGAGUAUUUAGAUUCUGUGCAAAGUGAAGAAAGUUAUGGAGACUAUAUGUGUGACAGUAAUGAUCAGGAUGAUGACAACGGUGGUUCUGAUGACCAGAGUAAUGACAAUGUUGGUGCUGAAGGAGGAGAAGGCGGAGGAGGAAUGGGAGGUGAGAAGAGAAAGCCCAGCUGCCAAGACAAGGCUGAAGAUGGGGGUGUCCAGUUGUGUGCUUCCCUUGUAAAGGAAAAGGAGAACAGUGAUGGAAGUCAAAGUGUUAAUAAAAUGAUUCUCUCAGAUGAAAUGCAUGAUUGUAGUUUUUCAGAAAAACAGCAAAGUGCAAGUGUUUUACAUCCUGAAUCAAGUGAUUUGAGUAGCUUAGUUACAGAAAGAAGCAGCAUUCCAGACUGGACAACGGAGAUUUUUGAUAAUAGCAAAGAAGAUGUGUUGAAUCAUGAGAUGACACUAAGGCAUAUAGUGCCACCUGUCAUUAAAGAUGCCGAAUCUGAAGAAGACUUUAGCCCUGUAAAUAUUUCAGGUAGUAGUAUCAGUUCAACUUCUGAAUUAAGUAAUCAUCUAACAAACAUAAAGUUUAAGUUGAUUCAAGAACCAGAAUGUCCUGACCUUGUGAAAGGUGGAGAUGAGUAUCUUGAGAACGUAAAACCUACAGUUGACUCAUCUUUUGAUAAAGUCAUCUAUUCUGAGCCUGAUUUAAUAGGGAAAUCUGCUGAGGGAAGCCGUUGUUCAUCCCUCGCCUUUUUCACUGACGGAGAUCCUGAAGGAAAGGGAAGAGGUCCAGUCAGAGGGAGAGUCAGCAAAAGUGACGCCCCAAAAGAAGACGAGACGUCAGUUCAGAAGACAAACCUGGAUGAGAGAGAAGUGCUUGCAGGAGGCUUAGCAGAAGAAAAUAAGUAUCUCAAACUUUUACCUAGUAAAAUUACAAGGGACAGUCUUAAUUUAACUAAUAGUCCAUUUCCACAAAUCACAAACGAUGAAGAACUUACUCAGAAAGGAAGGCUUAAAAAAGCAACUGCACCUCUUGCAGGCGAACCAGAGAAUCUACAGACAGUGAUUAGUAAAAGUCCCGUUCUGUCUGAGAAUCUUGAAGAAAUCUUUGAUGCAUCAGCUUCCACAGUGCUUGGUGAUGGCAUUACUUCAGACGUCCCACCAUCUGAAGGGAGUACACGUACUGAGGAACAUGCAUUCGCUGAUGGACCUGAAAAAGAUCUUGAUUUGUUUACAUAUUUAAAACAUUGUGCUAAAAAUACAACAGCAAAAGACCUACCAAAACCAAACGAAGAUAUCCCAAGCUGUGUCUUAAUAGCUGCCCCUCCCACAAAAGAACAUUUACAGUUAGGAGUUAAUGAUACAGAAGAGAGGUCAACUUGCAUCCAAGAGGACUUGCCUCUAAAUGAGAUGGUGCCACCUAACGACUGUCAUACUAAGGACAGUAUCUCAGAAGAAGGAACAGAAAUUUCUCAGUUCACACUAGACACUAAUGAAACCACACCUUCAAACUUACCUCUAAAAAAGGUGGAAGACCUCGGAAAAGGUGUUGUGCUGUCCGAGCUCUGUAGAAAUAAGUCCAGUGAUGUGUUAGGUCCCGACUACUCAUACUUAGAAAUAAGCAGUGAGAAAGAAAACACCGAGCACCAGCCACCAAAGGAACAAACCUUGUCUCCAAGACCCCCAGGAAAAGAGGUUCAGGUUUCUGAAUUAUCUGAGGUAUUUGUUGAGGACGUAAAGGAUAUCCUAAAGAGCAGGUUGAAAGAGAGUCAUAGGGAUCUUCAAGAGGCUGAAGACACUUCAGCUUGUGCAGACAGUAGAAUUUUAAUUGAAAACUUAAUUAAAAAGAUUAGCACAUCACAGUUGGUAAAUGAAGCACCUGCUACACCCAGUGACUCUAAGAUCAGUGAGUAUACUGGCGUUUCCCCCGUUAGUAUCUCAUCGGAACUAAAAGCGGAGUGUAGAGACGAUUCUAUUGCACAUCUCAAGUCUGAGCUUCUCCUUGCUCUGCUGAAGCAAAGUCAGCAUAGCCAGAAGAUUCCAGGGGCAUUUGAAUUGAUGAGAGAACUAACUCAACUGGAGCAUAACCUAGGGAAAAGAGGUAUUGCAUCUAAAGUACUUCCACUGCAACUUGAAAAUAUUUUCUACAAGCUGUUUGCUGAUGGAUAUUCAGAAAAAGUAGAGCAGGCUGGAGACUUGAAUCAAAAAGCAUGUGCUACUUCUGAGACCGUGGGGAAAAAGCCACACGGUCUCGGUGAUCUUAAAAGCAAAGAAGGAAACUACUGUUCCCUUAACUUACAAACGAUGAAAGAAGCUGGCCAAGAAAGUUCUGCUGGGUAUGGCUCAGCAUUGCCAAGCAGUGAGAAGCUCGGGGAUCUAUGUAAUAAUUCCCCAAACCAUUUGGAAUGUAUUUCAGAGUCAAAACGAGAGACUUCUGGAGACAACUCAGUGGGACAAUUUUCCAGUGAGUUGCAGCAGUGUUUACAGCACACUGAAAAAAUGCAGGAGUAUUUGGCUUUGCUUCAGGAUAUGCAACCCCCCUUAGACAACCAGGAGUCUCUGGAUAACAGUCUAGAAGCAUUGAAGAAUCAGCUUAAACACUUAGAGACAUUUGAAUUGGGAUUGGCUCCAAUUGCUAUUAUUUUAAGAAAAGAUAUGAGGUUGGCAGAAGAUUUCUUAAAGUCCCUUCCCAGUGACUUUCCCAGAGGACAGCUGGAGGAAUUGAGCGUCAGCCUCCGGAAUUUGCAGACUUCCUUUUCUUCCCUCAGCAACGUGUCUUCAGAAAGAAUGAAACAGAUCAUGCUUGCAAUCGACUCUGAAAUGUCUAAACUAGCAAUUUCCCAUGGAGAAUUUCUACAUAAACUUGAGUCAUUCUCGGAUUGGAUAUCAGAGAAGAGCAAAUCUGUGAAGGAUAUUGAGAUCGGGAAUGGUCAAGACACUGAACGUGCAAAGAAAAGUUUGGAGUUUCUCAAGAAUGUCAUAAAAGAACUCGGACACACCAAAAUGCAGCUGGAAGCCACGGCCUUUGACGUGCAGUUCUUCAUUUCUGAAUAUGCACAAGAUCUGUCUCCCAGCCAAAACAAACAACUGCUGAGGCUCUUAAAUACGACUCAGAAGUGCUUCCUGGACGUACAGGAAUUAGUAACUACCAAGGUGGAACGUUUAGAGACUCAGUUACAGCUAGAGCAAGAUCUCGAUGAUCAGAAGGAUGUGGCAGAGCGUCAGCAGGAAUACAGAGAGAAACUCCAGGGCAUAUGCGAUCUCCUCACCCAGACUGAAAACCGGCUAAUUGGUCACCAAGAAGCCUUUGUGAUUGGGGAUGGCACAGUUGAGUUGAAGAAGUACCAGUCCAAGCAAGAGGAGUUACAGAACGACGUGCAGGAGAGUGCACAGGCAUUGGCAGAAAUAGUGAAAAACACAGAGACCUUCUUAAAAGAGAGUGGGGAGAAGCUGUCACGUGAAGACAAGGCUUUGAUUGAACAGAAGCUUAAUGAAGCUAAGAUAAAGUGCGAACAGCUUAAUUUAAAAGCAGAACAAUCGAAAAAGGAGCUGGAUAAAGUUGUGACGACAGCAAUCAAAGAAGAAACUGAAAAGGUCGCAGCUGUGAAGCAGCUGGAAGAGAGCAAGACCAAAAUAGAAAACCUGUUACACUGGCUGUCAGCUGUGGGCCAAGACUCAGAAAGGGCAGAGACCAGACUCAAACAGGUCACGGAGCAGAACGGCACCCAUUUUCAAGAAAGUGACGGCAAGUCGAUGAUUGGAGAAGAGGAUGAAGUUAAUGGUAACCUGUUGGGAACUGAUGUCGAUGGCCAAGUUGGGACCCCUGAGGAGAAUCUGAACCAGCAGUACCAGAAAAUUAAGGCCCAACACGAGCAGAUCGUCUCUCAGCACCAAGCCGCCAUCAUCGCCACUCAGUCCGCACAAGCCUUGCUGGACAAGCAAGGCCACUAUCUCUCUCCCGAGGAGAAAGAGAAGCUGCAGAGGAACAUGAAAGAACUGAAGGCUCAUUAUGAGACGGCCCUGGCCGAGUCCGAGAAGCAGGUGAAGCUCACGCACUCCCUGCAGGAAGAAUUAGAGAAGUUUGACGCUGACUACGCCGAGUUUGAGCACUGGCUGCAGCAGUCAGAGCAGGAGCUUGAAAACCUGGAGGCAGGCGCGGAUGACUUCAGCGGCUUAAUGACCAAGCUGAAGAGGCAGAGGAGUUUCUCGGAAGAUGUCAUUUCUCACAAAGGUGACCUGAGGUACAUCACAAUUUCUGGAAACCGAGUGUUAGAAGCUGCCAAAUCGUGCGGCAAGAGAGAUGGCAGCAAGGCUGAUAUCGACACCUCUGCGACCCACCGAGAAGUUCAGAGCAAGCUGGAUCACGCUACGGACCGCUUCAGGUCUCUCUACUCUAAGUGCAAUGUUCUUGGAAAUAACCUUAAAGAUCUGGUGGAUAAAUACCAACACUAUGAAGAUGCUUCAUGCGGGCUCAUUUCCGGCCUCCAGGCCUGUGAGGCCACAGCAAGCAAACACUUAUCUGAACCUAUUGCUGUAGACCCCAAAAAUCUGCAAAGACAGUUGGAGGAGGCCAAGGCUCUGCAAGGGCAAAUAUCAAGUCAGCAGGUUGCUGUCGAGAAACUGAAGAAAACGGCUGAAGUGCUUUUAGAUGCCCGGGGUUCUCUUCUUCCAGCCAAGAAUGAUAUUCAGAAAACACUUGAUGACAUUGUCGGGAGAUACGACGAUCUGUCCAAGUCUGUUAAUGAACGAAAUGAAAAGCUGCAGAUAACCCUGACCCGUUCACUGAGCGUGCAGGAUGGCUUGGAUGAAAUGCUGGACUGGAUGGGAAGUGUGGAAAAUUCUCUAAAAGAACAAGGCCAAGUGCCCUUAAACUCUGCUGCUCUUCAGGAUAUCAUUAGCAAAAACAUUAUGUUGGAACAGGACAUUGCAGGGCGGCAGAGCAGUGUCAAUGCCAUGAAUGAAAAAGUGAAGAAGUUUAUGGAAACCACAGACCCCUCGACUGCAUCCUCACUGCAGGCCAAGAUGAAGGACUUGUCUGUUCGGUUUUCAGAAGCAAGCCGUAAACACAAAGAGAAGCUUACCAAAAUGGAGGAGCUCAAAACCAAAGUAGAACUGUUCGAGAGCCUCUCAGAAAAGCUGCAGACGUUUCUGGAAACGAAAACUCAGGCUCUCACUGAAGUAGAUGUGCCAGGAAAAGAUGUCACUGAAUUGUCUCAGUGUAUGCAGGAAUCAACUUCUGAAUUCUUAGACCAUAAGAAGGACCUUGAAGUUUUGCAUAGUCUCCUGAAGGAGAUAUCCAGCCAUGGCUUACCAGGUGAUAAGGCUCUGGUUUUUGAAAAAACAAAUAAUUUGUCAAAGAAAUUCAAAGAAAUGGAGGAUACCAUCAAAGAAAAAAAAGAAGCUGUAACUUCUUGUCAAGAACAAUUGGAUGCUUUCCAAGUCCUUGUUAAAUCACUGAAGUCAUGGAUAAAAGAAACAACAGAAAAAGUUCCCAUUGUGCAGCCUUCUUUUGGUGCAGAGGAUUUAGGAAAAUCUUUGGAAGAAACCAAGAAAUUACAAGAAAAGUGGAGUUUAAAAACACCAGAGAUUCAGAAAGUGAACAACAGUGGGAUCUCACUAUGUAACCUAAUAAGUGCUGUGACUACCCCUACAAAGGCAAUAGCAGCAGUUAAAUCAGGUGGAAUAAUAUUAAAUGGUGAAGGAACAGCUGCAAAUACUCAGGAAUUUUGGGCAAAUAAAGGGUUGACAUCCAUUAAGAAGGACAUGACUGACGUAAGUCAUGAUUAUGAAGAUCUUGGCCUCUUACUCAAGGACAAAAUAGCAGAACUGAAUUCUAAACUCUCCAAAUUGGAAAAAGCUCAGGAAGAAUCAAGCGCUAUGAUGCAGUGGUUGCAGAAAAUGAAUAAAACGGCAACAAAAUGGCAUCAGACACCUGCACCUACAGACACCGAAGCUGUGAAGACGCAAGUUGAGCAGAACAAGUCAUUUGAGGCGGAACUAAAGCAAAAUGUAAACAAAGUGCAGGAGUUGAAAGACAAACUGACAGAGCUGUUGGAGGAAAACCCAGAUACUCCUGAGGCUCCCAAGUGGAAGCAGAUGCUGGCAGAAAUAGAUUCUAAGUGGCAAGAACUCAAUCAAUUAACAGUUGAUAGACAACAAAAACUGGAAGAGUCCUCCAAUAACCUAACCCAAUUCCAGACCAUAGAGGCCCAGUUAAAACAGUGGCUUGUGGAAAAAGAGCUGAUGGUCAGUGUUCUCGGGCCUUUGUCAAUUGACCCAAAUAUGCUGAACACACAAAAGCAGCAGGUGCAGAUUCUGCUACAAGAAUUCGAUACUCGGAAACCUCAGUAUGAACAGCUCACGGCAGCUGGUCGGGGCAUUCUCAGCAGGCCCGGAGAAGACCCUUCUUUACAUGGGAUUGUGAAGGAGCAACUGGCAGCUGUGACCCAAAAAUGGGAUAGCCUCACAGGACAAUUGAGUGACAGAUGUGACUGGAUUGACCAAGCCAUUGUUAAAAGCACCCAGUAUCAAAGCCUGCUGAGAAGCCUUUCCGACAAACUGAGUGACUUGGAUAAUAAACUUAGCAGCAGUCUGGCCGUGAGCUCACAGCCCAAUGCUAUGAACCAGCAGCUGGAAACAGCCCAGAAACUGAAGCAGGAGAUAGAGCAGGAAAGGAAGCAGAUACAAGUGGCCCGGGCGCUCUGUGACGAUUUGUCCGCACUGGUGAAAGAAGAAUAUUUGAAAGCAGAACUUAGCAGGCAACUAGAUGGCAUCUCAAAAUCAUUUAAAGAUAUUGAACAAAAAGCAGAGAAUCAUGUCCAGCACCUUCAGUCAGCCUGUGCAAGCUCUCACCAAUUUCAGGAGAUGUCUAGAGAUUUUCAGGCUUGGCUGGAUACCAAGAAAGAAGAGCAAAACAGGUCUCAUCCAAUAUCAGCCAAACUCGAUGUCUUAGAAUCAUUAAUUAAAGAUCAGAAAGACUUCAGUAAAACUCUGACUGCCGAGUCUAAUAUUUAUGGAAAAACCAUUGCAGAAGGUGAAAAUCUGUUAUUAAAAACACAAGGGCCUGAGAAGGCAGCCUUACAAUUACAGCUUAACACUAUUAAAACCAAUUGGGAUGGAUUUAAUAAGCAGGUGAAAGAAAGAGAAGACAAGUUAAAAGAUGCACUGGAAAAAGCCCUCAAGUAUAAAGAGCACGUGGAGACUCUUCGGCCGUGGAUAGGGAAAUGUCAGAAUGACCUGGAGGAAGUAAAACCUUGCUUGGAUCCUGCGGAAACUGAGAAUUCUAUUGCCAAAUUAAAGUCUCUGCAGAAGGAAAUGGACCAGCACUUCGGUAUGGUAGAAUUACUAAACAACAUAGCCAAUAGCUUGCUCAGUGUCUGUGAGACAGAUAAGGAGGUUGUUACAGAUGAGAAUAAAUCACUGAUCCAGAAGGUGGACAUGGUCACUGAACAACUUCACAGUAAGAAAUUCACCCUGGAGAAUAUGGCUCAGAAGUUUAAGGAAUUUCAAGAAGUUUCCAAAGAAGCUCACAGGCAGCUUCAGUGUGCAAAGGAACAGCUGGACAUCCAUGAUUCCCUAGGACCCCAGGCGUGCAGUAACAAAAACCUGACCAUGCUGCAGACCCAGCAGAAAUCACUUCAGACCUUGAAGCCUCAGGUAGAACUGGCCCAAAGACUCGCACAGGACCUUGUGCUAGAAACCUCAGACUCAAAGGGAACCUCCGACAUUUUAUUACAAGCAGAAACGUUAGCACAAGAACAUAGUACAAUAAGUCAGCAAGUUGAUGAGAAGUGUUCGUUCUUAGAAACCAAGCUGCAAGGCAUUGGGCAUUUCCAGAAUACCAUCCGAGAAAUGUUUUCUCAGUUUGCAGAGUUUGAUGAUGAACUCGAUAGCAUGGCUCCAGUGGGGAGAGACGUAGAAACUUUGCAAAAGCAAAAGGAGGCUAUAACAGCCUUUCUGAAGAAGCUGGAAGCCCUCAUAGCAAGCAAUGACAAUGCCAAUAAAACCUGCAAGAUGAUGCUGGCCACGGGAGAAACGUCUCCUGACCUCAUUGGAAUCAGAAGGGACUUGGAGGCUUUGAGUAAACAAUGCAACAAGUUACUGGAUAGAGCCCAAGCCAGAGGGGAGCAGGUUGAAGGGACAAUUGAGCGUCUUGAAGAAUUCUACAGCAAAUUGAAAGAGUUUUCUACGCUUCUCCAGCAUGCUGAAGAACACGAGGAGUCACAAGGUCCUGUUGGUAUGGAAACGGAGACAAUUAAUCAGCAGCUUAAUGUCUUCAAGGUAUUCCAGAAAGAAGAGAUUGAACCCUUGCAGGUUAAACAGCAAGAUGUAAACUGGUUAGGUCAAGGCCUUAUUCAGAGUGCUGCUAAAAACACCAGCACUCAGGGUUUGGAGCGAGACCUGGACGAUGUCAACACGCGGUGGAAGACUCUCAACAAGAAGGUGGCCCAGCGGGCAGCCCAGCUGCAGGAGGCCUUGCUGCACUGUGGGAGGUUCCAGGAUGCCCUGGAGUCCUUGCUCAGCUGGAUGGUGGACACCGAGGAGCUUGUGGCCAACCAGAAGCCCCCAUCAGCUGAGUUCAAAGUGGUGAAGGCCCAGAUACAAGAGCAAAAGCUUCUCCAAAGAUUGCUGGAUGACCGCAAAUCUACUGUGGAAGUCAUCAAACGAGAAGGCGAAAAAAUCGCUGCAACAGCGGAGCCUGCAGAUAAAGUGAAGAUUCUGAAGCAGCUGAGUCUCUUGGACAGCAGAUGGGAGGCAUUACUUAAUAAAGCUGAAACAAGGAAUCGUCAGCUGGAAGGUAUCUCCGUGGUAGCACAGCAAUUUCAUGAAACCUUAGAACCACUGAACGAGUGGCUGACAACCAUCGAAAAGAGGCUGGUGAAUUGUGAACCCAUAGGAACCCAAGCAUCUAAACUUGAGGAACAAAUUGCACAGCACAAAGCCUUAGAAGAUGACAUCAUCCAUCACAAUAAACAUUUACACCAGGCGGUUAGCAUUGGCCAGUCCUUAAAGGUUCUGAGCUCCAGGGAGGAUAAAGAUACGGUGCAGAAUAAAUUAGACUCCUCUCAAGUGUGGUACAUUGAGAUUCAAGAGAAAAGUCACAGCAGGUCUGAGCUCCUCCAGCAGGCCUUGUGUAAUGCUAAGAUUUUUGGGGAAGACGAAGUUGAGCUGAUGAACUGGCUGAACGAAGCUCACGGCAGGCUGAGCCAGCUCUCAGUCCAGGAGCACAGCUCUGAGGGGCUGUGCAGGCAGCAGGCUGAACUUCGGGUUCUGCAAGAGGACAUCUUACUCAGGAAACAAAAUGUAGAUCAAGCCUUACUAAAUGGUUUAGAGCUCCUUAAACAAACCACAGGUGAUGAAGUUUUAAUAAUUCAAGAUAAAUUGGAAGCCAUUAAAGCAAGGUACAAAGAGAUUACUCAGCUGAGCACUGACGUGGCCCAGACUCUGGACCAGGCCCUGCAGCUUUCAAGGCGGCUGCAGUCCACGCACGGAGAGCUGUGCACCUGGCUGGACAAGGCAGAGACGGAAUUACUUUCAUAUGAAACUCAGGUUCUGAAGGGAGAAGCGGCGAACCAAGUGCAAGCAAGACAAAAAGAACUGAAAAAGGAAGCUAAAAACAGCAAAGCCUUGUUGGACUCCCUGAAUGAAGUGAGCAGUGCUUUGCUGGAACUGGUUCCAUGGAGAGCCAGAGAAGGACUCGAGAAAAUGGUGGCUGAGGACAACGAGCGCUACCGACUCGUGAGUGACACCAUCACUCAGAAGGUGGAGGAGAUCGAUGCUGCCAUUCUGAGGUCACAGCAGUUUGACCAAGCGGCUGAUGCUGAGUUAUCCUGGAUUACCGAAACAAAAAAGAAAUUGAUGUCUCUGGGUGACAUCAGGCUUGAGCAAGACCAGACUUCUGCUCAGCUGCAGGUUCAAAAGACAUUCACCAUGGAGAUUUUGAGACACAAGGAUAUUAUUGAUGAACUUGUUAAAUCUGGGCAUAAAGUCAUGACCACGUGCAGUGAAGAGGAAAAGCAGUCGAUGAAGAAAAAACUGGACAAGGUACUGAAGAACUAUGAUGCCAUCUGCCAGAUAAACUCAGAGAGGUAUCUGCAGCUAGAACGGGCACAGUCUCUGGUUAACCAGUUUUGGGAAACAUAUGAAGAACUCUGGCCAUGGCUGACAGAAACACAAAGAAUCAUCUCUCAGCUUCCUGCCCCAGCCCUUGAGUAUGAGACUCUAAGACAACAGCAGGAAGAACAUCGGCAACUGCGAGAGCUGAUAGCCGAACACAAGCCUCAUAUAGAUAAGAUGAACAAAACUGGGCCACAGUUACUGGAAUUGAGCCCAGGGGAAGGCUUUUCUAUCCAAGAGAAGUAUGUGGCAGCUGACACCCUUUACAGUCAAAUUAAAGAAGAUGUCAAAAAGCGAGCUGUGGCACUGGAUGAAGCCAUUUCUCAAUCAACUCAGUUCCAUGACAAGACAGAUCAGAUCCUGGAGAGCCUGGAACGCAUUGUGGAGCGUUUGAGGCAGCCACCGUCUAUUUCUGUGGAGGUCGAGAAGAUCAAGGAGCAGAUCAGUGAAAAUAAGAAUGUGUCAGUAGACAUGGAAAAGCUGCAGCCGUUGUACGAAACCCUUAAACAGCGAGGAGAAGAAAUGAUUGCCAGGUCUGGGGGCACCGAUAAAGACAUAUCUGCCAAAGCUGUUCAGGAUAAGCUUGACCAAAUGGUUUUCAUUUGGGACAACAUACACAUGCUGGUGGAAGAAAGGGAGGCCAAACUGCUGGAUGUGAUGGAACUGGCGGAGAAGUUCUGGUGUGAUCACAUGUCAUUGGUAGUUACCACUAAAGAUUCUCAAGAUUUCAUCCGGGACCUGGAAGAUCCUGGCAUUGAUCCCUCAGUAGUAAAACAACAGCAAGAAGCAGCAGAGGCCAUUAGAGAAGAAAUAGACGGGCUCCAGGAAGAGCUGGACGUCGUGAUUAACCUGGGUUCUGAACUCAUUGCCGCAUGUGGGGAACCAGAUAAACCCAUUGUCAAGAAGAGUAUAGAUGAGUUAAAUUCAGCAUGGGAUUCUCUGAAUAAAGCUUGGAAAGACCGGGUUGACAAACUUGAAGAGGCGAUGCAGGCUGCUGUUCAGUACCAGGAUGGACUGCAGGCAAUAUUCGACUGGGUAGAUAUUGCAGGUGGUAAAUUAGCGUCAAUGUCUCCUAUUGGAACAGAUCUUGAAACCGUAAAGCAGCAGAUUGAAGAACUAAAGCAAUUUAAGUCAGAGGCCUAUCAACAGCAGAUAGAAAUGGAAAGACUGAACCAUCAGGCAGAGCUUUUGCUGAAGAAAGUAACAGAAGAGAGUGACAAACACACGGUUCAAGACCCAUUAAUGGAACUGAAAUUGAUCUGGGACAGCCUGGAUGAGAGAAUUAUCAACAGACAGCAUAAGCUGGAGGGUGCGCUGUUAGCCUUGGGCCAGUUCCAGCAUGCCCUGGAUGAGCUCCUGGCGUGGCUGACGCACACCGAGGGCUUGCUAAGCGAGCAGAAACCUGUCGGAGGGGACCCCAAAGCUAUUGAAAUUGAACUUGCCAAGCAUCACGUGCUCCAAAAUGAUGUGUUAGCCCAUCAGUCCACAGUGGAAGCCGUGAAUAAAGCAGGAAAUGAUCUAAUUGAAUCAAGUGCAGGUGAAGAGGCGAGCAACCUUCAGAACAAGCUGGAGGUUUUAAAUCAACGCUGGCAAAAUGUUUUGGAAAAAACAGAACAAAGGAAGCAGCAACUGGAUGGUGCCUUGCGCCAGGCCAAAGGGUUCCAUGGUGAAAUUGAGGACUUACAGCAAUGGCUGACUGACACCGAGCGACAUCUGUUGGCGUCCAAACCUCUGGGAGGUUUACCGGAAACCGCCAAGGAGCAGCUUAAUGUCCAUAUGGAAAUCUGUGCGGCCUUUGAUGCUAAAGAAGAAACAUACAAGAAUCUGAUGCAGAAAGGCCAGCAGAUGCUUGCAAGAUGCCCCAAAUCUGCAGAGACAAAUAUCGACCAAGACAUAAAUAACUUGAAAGAGAAAUGGGAAUCAGUGGAAACUAAACUCAAUGAAAGGAAAACUAAACUGGAAGAGGCCCUCAACUUGGCAAUGGAGUUCCACAAUUCUCUUCAAGACUUCAUCAAUUGGCUUACCCAGGCAGAACAGACCCUAAAUGUAGCUUCUCGGCCAAGUCUUAUCUUGGACACAGUCUUAUUUCAAAUCGAUGAGCACAAGGUCUUUGCCAAUGAAGUAAAUUCUCACCGUGAGCAGAUAAUAGAGCUGGACAAAACUGGAACUCACCUGAAAUAUUUCAGUCAGAAACAAGAUGUUGUCCUAAUUAAGAAUCUACUUAUCAGUGUCCAAAGUCGAUGGGAAAAAGUGGUUCAACGGUUAGUAGAAAGAGGAAGAUCUUUGGAUGACGCGAGGAAGAGGGCCAAGCAGUUCCAUGAAGCCUGGAGCAAACUUAUGGAAUGGCUGGAAGAGUCAGAGAAGUCUUUGGAUGCUGAACUGGAAAUCGCCAACGAUCCAGACAAAAUAAAAACACAGCUUGCACAACAUAAGGAGUUUCAGAAGUCACUGGGCGCCAAGCACUCCGUCUACGACACCACCAACAGAACUGGACGCUCUCUGAAGGAGAGAACCUCCCUGGCUGAUGACACCCUGAAGCUGGAUGACAUGCUGAGUGAGCUCAGAGACAAGUGGGACACCAUCUGUGGGAAAUCUGUGGAGAGACAAAACAAACUGGAGGAAGCUCUGCUGUUCUCUGGACAGUUCACAGACGCCCUGCAGGCCCUCAUUGACUGGCUGUACAAAGUCGAACCCCAGCUGGCCGAAGACCAACCUGUCCACGGAGACAUUGAUUUAGUCAUGAAUCUGAUCGAUAAUCACAAGGCCUUCCAGAAAGAGCUGGGGAAGAGGACCAGCAGCGUGCAGGCCUUGAAGCGCUCUGCCCGAGAGCUGAUAGAAGGCAGCCGGGAUGACUCCUCCUGGGUCAAGGUCCAGAUGCAGGAGCUGAGCACACGCUGGGAGACCGUGUGCGCCCUUUCUAUAUCAAAGCAGACACGAUUAGAAGCAGCCCUGCGCCAGGCAGAAGAAUUUCACUCGGUGGUCCAUGCCCUUCUGGAGUGGCUGGCGGAGGCGGAGCAGACCCUGCGUUUCCAUGGCGUUCUCCCAGACGAUGAGGAUGCUCUCCGCACUCUGAUUGAUCAGCAUAAGGAAUUCAUGAAGAAACUGGAAGAAAAAAGAGCUGAACUGAAUAAAGCCACCAGUAUGGGGGACGCUGUUCUGGCCAUCUGCCACCCCGAUUCCAUCACCACCAUUAAGCACUGGAUAACCAUCAUCCGGGCCAGGUUCGAGGAGGUGCUGGCCUGGGCCAAACAACAUCAGCAGAGAUUAGCAAGUGCGCUGGCGGGGCUUAUUGCUAAGCAGGAAUUGUUGGAAGCUUUGCUGGCUUGGUUGCAGUGGGCUGAAACCACACUCACCGAUAAGGACAAAGAAGUCAUUCCUCAGGAGAUUGAAGAAGUGAAAGCCCUCAUUGCAGAACACCAGACCUUCAUGGAGGAAAUGACCAGAAAACAGCCUGAUGUUGAUAAAGUUACCAAGACCUAUAAGAGGAGAACAGCUGACCCUUCCUCGUUACAGUCCCACAUUCCCGUGCUGGACAAGGGACGAGCGGGAAGAAAACGCUUCCCAGCUUCCAGCUUAUAUCCCUCUGGAUCCCAGACGCAAAUCGAAACCAAGAAUCCCAGGGUGAACUUACUGGUGAGCAAAUGGCAGCAGGUCUGGCUCCUGGCCCUGGAAAGAAGGAGAAAGCUCAACGACGCCCUGGACAGGCUGGAGGAGCUGAGAGAAUUUGCCAACUUCGAUUUUGAUAUCUGGCGCAAAAAAUACAUGCGAUGGAUGAAUCACAAGAAAUCCCGAGUGAUGGACUUCUUCAGGAGGAUUGACAAAGAUCAGGAUGGGAAAAUAACACGACAGGAAUUUAUUGAUGGAAUUCUUUCCUCAAAGUUUCCGACCAGCCGCCUGGAGAUGAGUGCAGUCGCUGACAUCUUUGACAGAGAUGGUGACGGAUACAUUGACUACUAUGAAUUUGUAGCAGCCCUUCAUCCAAACAAAGAUGCUUAUAAACCUGUCACCGACGCCGACAAAAUCGAAGAUGAGGUGACAAGGCAGGUAGCUAAGUGUAAAUGUGCAAAACGGUUUCAAGUUGAACAGAUUGGUGAUAACAAAUACAGGUUCUUCCUGGGAAAUCAGUUUGGAGACUCCCAGCAACUGCGGCUGGUUCGGAUCCUACGAAGUACCGUGAUGGUUCGUGUUGGAGGCGGAUGGAUGGCACUUGAUGAAUUCUUAGUGAAAAAUGAUCCUUGCAGGGCCAAAGGCAGAACCAACAUGGAACUGCGGGAGAAGUUCAUUCUGGCAGACGGGGCCAGUCAGGGCAUGGCCGCGUUCCGACCCCGGGGCCGCAGAUCCCGGCCUUCGUCACGAGGAGCUUCGCCCAACAGAUCAGCCUCUGCGUCCAGUCAGGCUGGCCAGGCCGCCUCCCCGCAGGUUCCUGCCACCAGCACUCCCAAGGGAACGCCAAUACAAGGAAGCAAGCUUCGCCUUCCGGGGUAUUUAUCAGGGAAAAGCUUCCACUCUGGGGAGGACAGUGGCUUGAUAACAACAGCAGCUGCCAGAGUCCGAACACAAUUUGCUGAUUCCAAGAGGACUCCCAGCCGGCCGGGAAGUCGGGCUGGAAGCAAAGCUGGCAGCAGGGCCAGCAGCCGCCGAGGCAGCGAUGCAUCAGACUUUGACAUUUCAGAAAUCCAGUCCGUGUGCUCAGACGUGGAGACUGUCCCCCAAACACACAGGCCUACGCCCCGAGCAGGUUCUCGGCCAUCCACAGCCAAGCCUUCCAAAAUCCCCACACCGCAGAGGAAAUCGCCUGCCAGCAGAUUGGACAAGUCCUCAAAGAGAUAGUGCAAUUGGUCCCGCCAAGAUUCUUCCUCGAGCAUUUAUUAUUUAAGUUUGAACCAUGUAAAAUACGAUGUAGAAAUUCUUGUGAAAUAUUGCAGGAGGCGAGUUUAAAAUUCUGCAGAUGGCCUUAUCUGUGUAUUUGUCUUUUUAUUUUAUCUGUAUAAUUUCCUUGUCAGAUAGUCCGGGGUUUCAGUCUCAUUGUGAGGGGGAAGAAAGCGUUUAACCUGAACUAACAUUUCUGCUCUGUUCCGUGGAGAGCACACACUCAAAUCAGUUACCGUACUGCAGGUAAGUCUCCAUCCUCUGCCAGCCACAGCACUACAUGUACCACUAACCUUCAGGAUACCUCAUGACACCAUCUACUUUGGAUGGAAACUCUGAAAAGCCGAAAGACACCCGUAGGGAAUCUAUUUUGAGAUGAUUCAAAUGUAAACUCAAAGAUGCAAGACAGAAAGACAGAUACAUCCACACACAAUUCUUUUCUUUAAACAGUACGUGACAGAGAACUCACAGGAAGUUACUUCAAGCCCUUGCCAGGACUCUCAUACUCAAGUCUCCGCAGCCUCCCUGUGCCAUUGCUUCUGACGAGGCGCACCCUGGAUAUUAGACCUAUUAUGCUAUAAGAAUAUAAUUAUGAAGUGAUCCAUUUACAUGUGAGGUUUUCUUUUGCUUGAGUGGACAGUAGCACCUGUAUCAUCGAACUCAUUUUGUAUCAAAGCAAUUUUGCUUGCAGAAAGCUAUGAAAUAAAACACGUCCCUUAACUGCAUUGCUACGGAAUUAAUUUUUUUUUCCCCAGGGAAAAUUAGUGUAUUUUUUUAUGAGCAAUAUCAAUUUGGAGUGACCAAAAAGAUACCUAAAAAUGGGUUUAUUUUGAUUUCUCAUCUGAAAUAAUCAUGUUCUGGUAUUAUAUCUAUAUUUAAUAAAUAUAUACAUUUUAAUUUAUUAUGUAUACUCACAUACUAUAGAAAGAUAUUAGUAUGCAUUUAAUAAAACAUAUUCACUUGAA